GACACAUCGCUUUCGAUUUUCUUGAUUCAUGUUUACAUCAAUUUUUUCCUUAUCUAUUUCACAUCAAUCUAUUUUCAUUACCGUUCGAUCAGCAGUCGCGGGACAGGUUUCAGACGACACAUCGUUUGAUUAGCUGCAAAUGGAUAUGGCAAAAUCUUUGUUCGGAUCCCGGGAUCACGAAGGGUACGUUGGAAAGGAGGAACAUAUGAAAAAGCUCGAGACGGCUAACACUGAAGAUGAUGGAGAGCUAGUAGAGUUGGGCGAGAGUUUACAUAUUUCCGAUGGAUUGGAACCGACUGCUGGAGGGCCGUUUUCCGCACUGACACCGUCAAUGUGGCCUCAGGAUAUAUUGGCCCAGUUAGGUCAACCCGAAACUAACGAGCCUCCUAACCAUCAACCGGAUUAUCGGUUCGAUGAAUUUGGAUUUCGCGUGGAGGAAGAGGACGGCCCAGAACAGAGUUCAAACAAGUUGCUCAGCAUUCCGUUUAUGGAGGAUCCAGCCCAGAGGCUGCAGUGGGUUGCUCACUUGGAGUUUUCCCACAAUAAAGAGGCCACCGAAUUGACGUGGGACAACGUUGAAGUGCUUCUUCCACGAACAGAAAAACUUAAAAAUAUGGUGCGAUCGGGAAUCCCACACUCACUUCGGCCACAGAUGUGGAUGCGUUUAUCGGGGGCAUUACAGAAAAAGCUCAAAUCUGAAACAUCAUACCAAGAAAUCGUUAAAGUCUCGUCCAACGAUGCACUGAUGACUUCUAAACAGAUCGAGAAAGAUCUGCUCAGAAUCAUGCCAACAAAUGCCUGCUUUAGUUCGUUGACCAGCACGGGAGUGCCAAGAUUGCGACGUAUUCUCCGUGGAAUUGCUUGGCUAUUUCCGGACAUCGGGUACUGCCAGGGAACGGGCGUGAUUGCUGCCUCGCUACUCUUGCUGCUGGAGGAGGAAGAUUCUUUCUGGAUGAUGGCUACAAUCGUGGAAGAUUUACUGCCCGCCUCCUACUACUCGUCGACCUUGUUGGGCAUCCAGGCCGACCAGCGGGUGAUGCAAACGCUGAUUGGAAAUUAUUUGACCGUGGUCGAUGAAACGCUCAAAAGCCAUGACAUUGAGCUGUCUUUGAUUACGCUUCACUGGUUUUUGACGCUUUUCGCGAGCGUUGUGCAUAUGAAGAUUUUGCUACGGAUUUGGGACUGGUUCUUCUACGACGGAUCGAUAGUGCUGUUUCAGCUAACGUUGGGCCUACUUAAAAUCAAGGAACCUUCGCUAAAAAAUCUCGAAAAUUCAGCCCAAAUUUUUAAUUCAUUAUCGGACAUUCCAGGCGAUAUCGAUGAUGUUGAGAAUUUAUUUUCGAUCUCGUUGGAAGUGGGUGGAUCGCUUUCACCCAUGGUAAUUGAAACGCAUCGACGAAGGCACCUGGCGUAUCUUAUGGCUGAUCAGGGAGCACUCGUGGGUAAUCCGGAAGCUGGUUCAAAUUUGCCAAAACAACAUUUGGCUCGUCGGCAGGUGAAAAAGUCUAAAUCGAUGUUGCAGAUGAUUCUGUUUGGUACAGAUGAUGGGGAUGAUGAGAUGAAGAAUAAAAAUAUAAGACAGACAGAAAUCUUGGUCGAUCUGCGUGAAGCUAUUCUGAAGGUUGCGAGACAUUUUUUGACCAUCGAGCCGAAGCUGAGUGCGCAUAUAAAGCUGGUGGCUGAUUACACCAUGGACAGUCACGCAAAGGACCAUGAGAAUUACAUCAACGUUUCGAGGACAAGAAAUCGCCGAGCGAAAGCACUGCAUGAUUUUGAGAGACAUGACGAUGAUGAACUAGGUUUCAGAAAAAAUGAUAUCAUAACCAUUAUCAGUCAGAAAGACGAACACUGUUGGGUAGGUGAACUGAAUGGAUUGCGAGGGUGGUUUCCAGCUAAAUUUGUCGAGCUGUUGGACGAACGAAGCAAACAAUAUAGCUGUGCUGGUGAUGAUGCUAUUUCCGAAACGGUAACAGAUCUAGUCCGUGGUACGCUGGCCCCCGCCAUAAAACAGGUUCUGGAGCACGGUAUGAAGCGCCCUUCCUUCCUAGGAGGCCCAUGUCACCCUUGGCUGUUCAUUGAGGAAGCCGCAACACGUGAGGUGGAAAAAGAUUUCGAAUCAGUCUACUCCCGAUUGGUUCUGUGCAAAACAUAUCGUCUGGAUGAGGACGGCAAAGUUCUCACACCGGAAGAACUAUUGUACCGUUGCGUUCAAUCGGUAAACCAAAGCCACGAUGCAACGCAUGCCCAGAUGGACGUGAAGAUGCGCUCACUAAUCUGUCUGGGGCUGAAUGAGCAGGUGUUACACCUCUGGAUGGAGGUGCUUUGCAGUUGCUCGGAUAUCGUUCAGAAAUGGUACCAACCGUGGAGUUUCAUCUACUCUCCUGGCUGGGUUCAGAUCAAGUGCGAGCUACGAAUGCUAUCGCAGUUUGCCUUUAAUCUCAACCCGGACUGGGAGCUGCCGGCAAAGCGGGAGGCCACCCAAAGCCAGCCGUUGAAAGACGGUGUGAGAGAUAUGCUGGUUAAGCACCAUCUGUUUUCGUGGGAUCUAUAGUGUAAAGUAGUUAGCAAAACAAAAUAUUCUUAUCUGUUUUAAAUAAGGUAUUCAGUGUUCAAUGAGUUUUAAAUUAUUUUAUAUUGUGGAAUGUUAUUUUCUUAUUUUGUUAUUUAUUUUUGUACUACGCAUUCGGUUAAACCGCAAUGUACUAUCAGGGAACCAAGAGUCUCUAUAUGAUUUUUUAAUUUAAUAUCUCAAGAUAUUUCCCAUUCAGCAAUAGGAUUUUUUCAUAUAUUGCAAUAGUUGCUUUAUUUUUUUUUAUUUUUACUUAGUUUAUUUAUUACUUGCUUUUAGAGUCUAUUGCGUAUUUGAUUUGAUGUUGUGCAUCAAUUUUAUGAAAAUGUACGAAUGUUUGAAACAACAAGUUUACGAACAAAGCACCCUACAGAAGCAGUAUCAAACAAAAUAAAGUAUAUUUACUUAUAACCUUAUCACAUAUUGUACCUACUUGUCAUGAACUAUUAUAUCAUUUAAAAUAGAA